GUCUGGCUGCUGUUAAGACUGAAAUGAGGGAUCGUUUGGCCACUGUUAAGACUGAAAUGAAGGAAGAUCUUAGCAGAAUUGAAGGUAAAAUAGAUUCUCUGAGUGGAGAUAUUGAAGAACACAAGAACAAGACGGCUACUGAACUCAGUAUGACAGUGACGACGGUGCACUCUGAACUGGAGCGAAAUGUACUGACCAAUGUUACAAAGGAACUGAAGAAGACUGCUGACUGUAUACUUGAACAGGUGUAUGAAUGUGGAGGUAUAGGUUGGAGACGUGUGGUCUACCUGAACAUGACAGACCCCAACACCAACUGUCCCCCUGGCUGGCAGCUCACUAGUCACUCCAAGAGAACAUGUGGUAAAGUUAACACCAGUAGGUUCUCCUGUGACUCAGUCUUCUUCUCUGUCAGUGGAGGAGACUACACUAGUGUGUGUGGCUCUAUCAGAGCCUACCAGUAUGGUCACAUUGAUGCAUUUGAGGCCUACCAUCUUGGACGUGUGACUACAAUAGAAGGAGCCUAUGUUUCUGGUGUCAGUCUCACACAUGGCAGUCCACGACAACACAUCUGG